AUUUCCAGCGUUUCUCUUUCGCUCAGGCCCUCGUCGGGCGGAUCGGGAGGAGGAAGGAGCCGCGGAGGCCCCCUGCGUGAGGCGAGUGGCGGCUGACGUGGCGGCGGCGCUGGGAGCAGGAUGUCGAAAGUCACCUUUAAAGUGACGCUCACCUCGGACCCGCGGCUGCCCUACAAAGUGUUAAGUGUGCCUGAAAGCACACCUUUCACAGCUGUCUUGAAGUUUGCUGCGGAAGAAUUCAAAGUUCCUGCAGCAACAAGUGCCAUUAUAACAAAUGAUGGAAUAGGAAUAAACCCUGCACAGACAGCAGGAAAUGUAUUUCUAAAGCACGGUUCAGAUCUACGGAUUAUUCCCAGAGAUCGAGUUGGAAGUUCUUAACGUCUGCGGGAAACUUUUUGAAUAAGUGACAUUGCUGUGCAGCAAAGGUCUAUUUAUUUUGGAACUCCACAGUGCAACUCAUGAAUUGGCCUGUUUAAAGCUACCAAAAAUGACUUCCCAGGAUGUGAGCUUUUCUGACACAAAAAUAAGGUUUCAUUUCCUUUUUAAAAUACAUGAAAUCAUGCACUGAUUCUUUCUUCACUACUAUACUUAAUGGGCUGAUUCCAUUUUAUGUUGUUGAAAGAAAGAUGGACCUCUCUAACGGUGUUACUGAAACUGCAAGGGCAAACACUUAGCCACGAUCAGUAGAUAUUUAAAGUAUUUUAUAUACUGUUGGACCUACUGUAUGAAAGGGGGACUUUAUGAUACUGGUACAGAAAAAUUGUUCCUACUGAGUGCUAGAAAGUCUGUGUUUUCUUUUGUUCUUUUUUUCCUAAAAUUCCACGUUUGGAACAGUUUUCCCAUGGUUCAAGUGUUUAGCUCAAAUAGAAGGGAGAUUUCAGUGCAUUAUUGCUGAAAUAAAUAAAUAAAUGCCAAAUGUUCCAAAGUAAUUGUAAGAUUUAAUUGCUGAAAAUAUUUUAGAUAAAAGAGAAAACAGAGGUAUUAAAAUGCUAAAAUGUCAUUUGAUAUUUUGUGAAGUUAAAUUCAGUUUCAGAGAAUCUGUGAGAUGUAAUCUCAAAAUGCCAUCAACUGGAAAGGAUUGCAGCAUAAUUUGUGAAUGUAUAGGUCCUGGUCAAAGAUGUCGUUCCUUUUUCAGUAAAUACCAGUUCUUUGCAAAAGACUUGUUUUGUUUCUGUGUAUUGUGAGGGAAGUUGUAAAAUGUAUUGAAAUGUUUGUGUUUGGGUAACUUCUUGUUUAUAAAUUGCCUGAGGUAAACUACCAGUCAUGGAUUUUAAUUAGAGAAGUUGCUGCUUUUCUUGAGCUAUUAAUAUUACUUUGUGAUUUAAUCUAUUUGGCCAAAUCUUACCCUGUUACAUUUUGUGUGUCUUACUGAGUUUACAGAAAGUUGAACUAUGGGCAAUAUAGCGCUUGAUUAAAUGAGGAUUGUCUGAAAUACAGCUUUGCUGUGCAAUACUUAUGCUCCAGAAGGAUGUUCAGAUUAUGUUUCAAAUAGUGUAGAAGUACAAAAUGCCUUCAUGAGAGGGUAUAAAUUAAGUGUAUAGAGGAAAACUCUUCUGAAAGUGGUAUUUGACUAUAAACAUUUUCAACUACAAGAUGAAUUGUAAAUUUCUGGAUUUUCCUUUAUUUUAAUAAACAACAAUAUGAAAAAAAUGCAAAUAUUCCUUUCUUAUUUUCUUUAGAUUUUGACAAUAAUUAAAAAUGCUGCCCUGUGACCUUUUAAUCAACAUACUCUGAGAUCUGUUUGAAGCCAGAAUACUCUUAUGCAGAAUUCUACAGAACACUGAUUUUAAGGGCAGAGUGCAUAGUUUCAAUUUAUCUAAUGCAACAAUGUAAUUAGAGUGAGCUAAGUUAAUAGCUUGUAUUUUUUCCUCUGUCAGUCUGUUGAGCAAAUACCUGAAAAACGCCUUACACUAACAUGUAACAAAAAUCAAAGCUUUCUUUCCUGUCUCAAGGUGCGACAGAGUUUUAAAAAAAGCCAUCAUGACCUUUUCAAAUGCAAUUUGAAGCUAAGAUGCAUUUGUGUUCAUGUAAAGGAAGGCUAGGUAAAAAUAUCUCAGAUGAUGUCUAGCAUUUGUUAUGCUGUUACUUAGGUAAUAGCAUGGAUAGCAUAAAGAAUUUGUUUGCCAUACUGUGUUGCAAGCAGUUUGUAUAAUGUGCAAUGAUCUGUCCAUUUGGAACAAUAAAUUAUCUUUGUAGUA